AUGGAAAAUACUAUACCUCAUACUCAUCAAGAUAUAGAUUCAGAGAACAUUAACCCUAACCUGGCAAAGUCAUCAGAAGUUAUUCAAGACCAGAAGAUUACUUCAUAAAUCUAAAAGAUAUAAGACAAAGAUUCUUCUGAUGAAGAAGAUGAAAAAAUGAACGACUAAGAAGCGAAAUUAUGGAAUAGAAUUGAGGAACUGCUAAAAGAUUAUCAUUUAAAUGGAUUUUAAAAAGUAGCUUGCAAAAAGUUUAUUAAAGACAAGGUAGGCAACCCUGAAAAUCAUACAGUAGAUAGAUUAAGAGAGUGGCUCUUUAUGAGACUUAAUGGCCAAAGAAUUCCUGAAAAGCAUCAUCCGAGAUAACUUGGAUGUCCAGAUCUUGUUCCUGGUCUAUCCUUGAAAGGCUAUUGGCAAAGAGAUUUAUUUGAAUGGAUAAGAAAAUUAGAGGAAGCAGCCCCUAUUAUCAGAGAGGAAUUAGCAUAGUUAAGAAAUGAAAAAGGUUUCCAGCCAUAUAGAAGCCCUGCUUAUGCUUCAAAGAACUUACCUGAAGAUAAAAUUGGAUCAUUAGGAAAUGAUAGUGGAUCAUGGAAUGUAUUCUAUCUUUUCCUUCAUGAUAUUCAAUUUGAAGAAAACUGCGCCAAAGUACCUAAGACUGUUUAAAUCUUAAAAGAUAUAGUACCAAGAAACUACCAUCAUGCAUUCUUCAGUGCUUUGACUCCAGGCACUCAUGUGACACCACAUAAUGGGCCUACAGGUAAGAAAUUAAGAGUGCAUCUUCCACUGGUAGGAGUUGAAGGUGCAAGAAUGAGAGUUGGGGAUGAAAUCAAAUAUCUAUAACAAGAUGAAUGUAUCAUUUUUGACGAUUCAUUUAAUCACGAAGCAUGGCAUGAUGGUUAACAGACUAGAAUAAAUUUGAUCCUAGACUUUUGGCAUCCAGAACUCUCAGAUGAUGAAGUUAAGUUCUUCACUAUGCUCUUAAAGAGCAAACUGAAGGGUGAAAAAUUCCUAAGUGAGAAGAUAUAAAACAAUGAUCACCUUUAUGCAAUUAUUGAAUAGACUAAAGACCUCUUAAAAUCUAAUGAUGAUUGGUGGAUAUCAUGA